GCAGUUAAAGGAGGCAGCAGGCAACCCUCCGCCUCUAGAGCUGAGUAUGGGAGAUCCCUGGUGAAACUGUCUCGCCGGUUCUCGCAGCUCCAAGUCGCUCGUCUGCCUCCUUGGCAUUGGCAUCACCUUCCACACUGACAGCAGUAGCCAAGAGAUAAGCAAAAACUCACUACUUCCAGAGCAGUCCAGUUUCAAAACCUCACAGAAAAGAAUACAAGUCAGAUGCAAAAGCAGGCAAUGCCCAGGUGCUGAAGGCAAAUGAGAGCCUGAACAUAAAAACACAGCUCAGUUGCCAGUAUUGAAUUGAAAGCCAUCGCUGGACAUGACACGCUGGCUACCGAAAGGGGAGUCUCUGUUCUGAAAGCACUGGCAAUAAAUGUGGCUGGUGGCCAGUUUAAUACUGGGAGUGUCAAUAAGGACUACGUUUGGAAUUGUUCCUCGUAUAGCUUACAGGACUUCUGUAACAGCCUCUGCAGCCAUGGCCACUUCAGCAAGUUCCCACUUAAGCAAAGCUAUAAAGCAAAUGUACAUGAAGCUGCCUCAAGGUGACAAGGUGCAAGCUAUGUACAUAUGGAUUGACGGGACUGGUGAAUUCCUGCGGUGUAAAACCCGGACACUAGAACGGGAGCCCAAGAACCUUGAAGAUUUACCAGAGUGGAAUUUUGAUGGCUCCAGCACCUUCCAGUCAGAGGGUUCCAACAGCGACAUGUACCUUGUGCCAUCUGCCAUGUUUCGGGACCCUUUCCGCAAAGACCCCAACAAGCUGGUUCUUUGUGAGGUCUUUAAGUACAACCGCAAGCCUGCAGAGACUAAUCUAAGGUACUCCUGUAAAAGAAUUAUGGACAUGGUAUCUAACCAGAAUCCUUGGUUUGGGAUGGAGCAAGAAUAUACCCUUCUAGGAACAGAUGGCCAUCCAUUUGGUUGGCCUUCCAAUGGCUUCCCUGGACCACAAGGUCCCUACUACUGUGGAGUUGGAGCAGACAAAGCCUAUGGGCGAGACAUUGUGGAAGCCCAUUAUCGAGCCUGCUUAUAUGCCGGUGUCAACAUUGGAGGCACAAAUGCAGAAGUUAUGCCGGCACAGUGGGAGUUCCAAGUGGGUCCCUGUGAAGGGGUUGAGAUGGGCGACCACCUCUGGAUUGCUAGAUUCAUCCUGCAUAGAGUAUGUGAAGACUUUGGCGUCAUCGUAUCUUUUGACCCCAAGCCCAUCCCUGGGAACUGGAAUGGAGCCGGUUGCCAUACUAAUUUCAGCACCAAGUCCAUGAGAGAGGAUGGAGGUCUCACGCACAUUGAAGAAGCCAUAGAGAAGCUGGGUAAGCGCCACCAGUACCAUAUCCGUGCCUAUGACCCAAAAGGGGGGCUGGAUAAUGCCAGGCGCUUGACUGGUUUCCAUGAGACAUCAAACAUCCAUGAGUUUUCUGCUGGAGUAGCCAACCGCGGUGCCAGCAUCCGCAUCCCAAGGAGUGUGGGCCAAGAGAAGAAGGGUUACUUUGAAGACCGCCGACCCUCCGCCAAUUGCGAUCCUUAUGCUGUGACCGAGGCACUUGUCCGUACCUGUCUCCUCAGUGAAACUGGGGAUGAGCCCUUUGAAUACAAGAACUAAGUGGACUUUGUCCCACAGACACCCACUCUCCUUCCCCUUCUGUAUUUUUCUCUUUCUAGAUGUUAAUUCUGAGGGCAUGAGAUACCAUAUUUGUGCCCCCUCCCUCUGAACUCACCCUCUUUUCUUGUGGGAGGGGAAAGUUUAGUCUUUUUCUGUGUUUAUUCUGUCAUUUGAGGGGCAAGGAAGAGGAGGAGUGGGGCAUUAGAGGAAAACACAAUUAACCACUAUUUUGUCUAAUUCAUCUGUAUGUCUUGACAGAGUUCAGUGGCUUCCAGGAACAGACAAUACAAAAAGUGUGGGUGGGUAAGAGAAAAUGUUUAGGGCCUUGUUGUCCCUCCGUCCCCCUAAGUUUGCCCUUUGUGAGACUUGUUAAAGUUACAGGAGGGGCAUGUGAUUACUACUGUUUAUCACUUGUUAACUUCCAUGGCAUUUGAGUGUGAGGAUUUCCUGUUUGGAUUAUACCCCAACUGAAAAUAGGAAAACUAUUUUAACUUGUAGUGGUGCCAUACAUAGUAGCCUGGAUCCAUAAACAAUCUCUCCAGGGCAGAAGGGAGUCCUAACAACCUCACACAUAGGACCACUAUUGAGUGUGAUUCUUUUACCAGUGUUAGAAACUCUGGGCAUUCUUGCAAACUAUGGUCAGUUUUUCCACCCUAACUACAACUUAUGUUAAGAUUUCUAAAACGCUGUUGAAUACUUUUGAUCUGUUUUUGGAAGCUGUCUGACUUACUGUUUUCUAACACAGAGUGAAGUAGUAUUUUUAUAUUUAAAUGUCUAAAAACAAAAAAAAAAUAAUAAAGGUCCACUAAAUCAGCCAUUUGCAGAGAGGCUGAGUUUGCUGCAGAUGUUGGUUUAGACUCUGAUAUGGAAUGGGGAGAUGAAAGGAAAAAAGACUUAGAUAAGCUGCAGUUCUUAUUUUCAAGAGCAGCUUUGAUUAAGGACAAGGGGCUAUCCGUUUACAAGCUUGUAAGUUAAAAUAGGUAUUAAUUUUUAAUUUAAAACUAAGCCAGUGGGCUGUUUGGGCAGGGCUGCACGCGGCUGGCUGUGGCAAUGAAGAUGCGUCUUUUUCAAUAAGAGUUGGCUGGUCAACUUUAACCAUGUUCUUGACAAGCAUUUGACAGGGAAGAAGCAUGUUAAAAUUCUGGUAGGAUUUGCAUGUCAACUAAAGCAGGGCUUUUGAUAAAGAGGGGGAAAAUGGGUUUUUAGGUUUCAGAUAACAUUUCUAGGGGUUUCUAAAAUUGUACAGUUUUGCAGAGACCACUGCUGUUCCCGUAGGUUCAUCCUGGUGCUUGAAAAUGCCACUUCUGCCAGGAUUCCACUAAUAAACAUAGUUGCUCUCAGAGGUAAUUCUAGUGGGUUCAAAUGUUCCAGGAUUUUGUACUUUGGUAUCUUGGAUGGUGCCGAUCAUGUUCUGUUUCAUUUGGACUUCAGAAUAGGGUUUUUGUAAUAAAAAAAAUCAAACCCAGUUUGAUCAAACCUUCAUCUCUC